UCCACUGGCUCCGCCCCGAGCCUUGGCCCAGUACCGGGGUCCAAGGCUGAGGGAGCGGGACGGAAGUGAGCGGGUCCCGCCCCUUCCCCUUCUCGUCUCGUUUGGAGUCGUCUUCACCGCGGCUGCCUCGGCUGCUCGCUCUCCGGCAAGCCGGAGUCCUCGUGCAGUACCCUCAGUCCCCGGCCGCGCGGAGCCGGGAUGCACUGUUCCUGCUGUGGGUCCUCAUCAUGGAGACCAAACGGGUGGAGAUUCCCGGCAGCGUCCUGGACGAUCUCUGCAGCCGAUUUAUUUUGCAUAUUCCCAGCGAGGAAAGAGACAAUGCAAUCCGAGUGUGUUUUCAGAUUGAACUUGCCCAUUGGUUUUACUUGGAUUUCUACAUGCAGAACACACCAGGAUUACCUCAGUGUGGGAUAAGAGACUUUGCUAAAGCUGUCUUCAGUCAUUGUCCGUUUUUGCUGCCUCAAGGUGAAGAUGUGGAAAAAGUUUUGGAUGAAUGGAAGGAAUAUAAAAUGGGAGUACCAACAUAUGGUGCAAUUAUUCUUGAUGAGACACUUGAAAAUGUACUACUGGUUCAGGGGUACCUGGCAAAAUCAGGCUGGGGAUUUCCAAAAGGAAAAGUAAAUAAAGAAGAAGCUCCUCAUGAUUGUGCUGCUAGAGAGGUAUUUGAAGAAACUGGUUUUGAUAUCAAAGACUAUAUUUGUAAGGAUGAUUACAUUGAACUUCGAAUUAAUGACCAGCUUGCUCGUUUGUACAUCAUUCCAGGAAUUCCAAAAGAUACAAAAUUUAACCCAAAAACUAGAAGAGAAAUUCGGAACAUUGAGUGGUUCUCCAUUGAGAAAUUGCCUUGUCAUAGAAAUGAUAUGACCCCCAAAUCCAAACUUGGUUUGGCACCUAACAAAUUUUUUAUGGCCAUUCCCUUUAUUAGACCAUUAAGGGACUGGCUUUCUCGAAGAUUUGGUGAUUCCUCAGACAGUGACAAUGGAUUUUCAUCAACUGGUAGCACACCAGCUAAACCCACUGUGGAAAAAUUGAGUCGAACCAAAUUCCGCCACAGUCAGCAGUUAUUUCCUGACGGUUCUCCUGGUGACCAGUGGGUAAAGCACAGGCAACCACUGCAGCAAAAGCCAUAUAAUAAUCAUUCUGAAAUGUCUGACCUUUUAAAAGGAAAGAAUCAGAAUAUGAGGGGAAAUGGCAGAAAACAGUAUCAAGAUUCACCUAAUCAAAAGAAAAGAACAAAUGGGCUUCAGCCAGCGAAGCAGAAUUCUUUGAUGAAGUGUGAAAAGAAACUUCAUCCACGGAAACUUCAGGAUAAUUUUGAAACAGAUGCUGUAUAUGAAUUACCUAGCUUCAGCGAAGACCAGUUGCUAGAACAUGCUGAGGGACAGCCUGUGGCGUGUAAUGGACAUUGCAAGGUCCCCUUUUCAUCCAGAACUUUUUUGAGUUUCAAGUUUGACCAUAAUGCUAUAAUGAAAAUCUUGGACCUUUGAUAGGAGCAGAUGUAUUGUAAAUGUCGCAGGACCAGAGACCUGUUGCAUUUGAGUGGGUGUCUCCUCAAGCCUUACCUUUCUCAGGUGUUUUAAAGAAAUGCAGGGAGGCAAUGUUUCUGAAGACAUUUUUUGUUUAUAAGAGAGAGUAGAAAGAAACACGAGUUUGCACUGUAAAUGCAGUUAUAACCUUUUAUACAGAUAUACCUUUUCAGUGUUUAGUGCAAGUUUAAGUUGCUUUUGUUGAGGGCAUUUAUUCUGUGUGGCUGUGGGUUUUAUUUUAUAUUCUGGUUAAGAAAAUAAUGUAUUGAGUUACUGUCAAAUAGCCAAGUUAAUGGGAAUGCUCCAUCUACGUAUUACAGUGAUUGCAAUAAUGAAGUUUUUCAAAGAGACUUAAAUAAUGCCCAGUUAUUAAUGCAAGAGCUGAGAUGUCACAUUCGUCAAGAUUACAGGUGAUCUACUUUGGUGGCAUUUUGUACUUCUGCUUCUAACCACUGAGGCUCUCUAAUCUUCCUCUGGUGUUUCGUUGAAAGGAUUUAUCGAAAGCAGCUCCUGGAAUAUAAUAUGCAUGUCCAAAAUGAACUCUUAGCACUUCAUAAGGACAAAGUCUCUAGCCUGGAGGGGAUUGAGUGGAUGGGAGUUGAUGCUGUGAUUUUGAGCUUGGUUGCAUGCAGUCAAUAAACCUGUGAGACUGCUGAAGAAAAUGUAGCAGAGAGUAUGGAGGCUGGGACCCAGCAGCACUUUGGGUCAUGUGUUUACCAUCCUGCCUCCAACCCUUGAGUAUUAUAGACUUUUGUUCUUGUGGAAAUUUCUUCUAUAUUCCAGUUGUGUAAAUAUGUAUGAAAAACUGACAUUACUAGGUUUUACAUUACAUCUCCAGUAUUGAUCUUUGGAAACUGAUGUUAUUAUUAGGUUCCAGUUUGCAAUAAUAGCAGAGACUGACAUGCUUUUAUUGGCUUGCUAAGCUCCUGGAUGAUGGAGUGAGAAGGGAAGGGGUACGCAGUUUACCCAAGUCUAAAUAAAGCAUUUCACUAGGUUACAUGUUA